UAAUUCCGGGGGCGGAGCUUUCCUCGCGCCUCUCUGCCUGAGGCGAGACGGAGAAAAGUUGACGCCUGGGGUACCUCAGGUGAAGAGGUUCGUUCUGCUUGCGCGCUGGAUAAGCCGGGAGAUGAUUUCUGCACUGUGGCUUACUUCUUGGAUUUAUCUCAUUCAUUUUUCUUUCAGCUGUUGUGACGAGGAAAUUGUUAGUUUUUUCCCGAAAGGAGAACCAGGAACUGUCUCUUGUCUAUCAGGUAGCCAAUCUAACCAUGUUGUGACUUGGUAUAGAAAUGAUAUUGAGAUGCCUACAGCUACAGAUAACUUCUCCCGGAUUUAUCAGCAAGCAAACUUGCUUUGGUUUUAUCCUGCACAACUAGAAGAUUCUGGAAUGUAUCAGUGCAUUUAUAAUUCCAGAAGAGUUAACAAAACCAUAAUAGUGUUUGAGAACAGCGUUGGAUUGUGUUUUAAUAAAGGAAUGGUUUUUAAACAGGAAGUUCCAUUAGAAUACAGUGGGAGGCUGACUUGUCCAGAUCUUCAAAAUUUCAGAAAUGAUGAAAAUGCUCCUUUAGCUUUACAAUGGUAUAAGGAAUGCCAUUUGCAUUUAUAUGAAGAUUGGAAAUUUAUCAGUUCUGGAGAAUAUCUUCUCAUUAAUAAUAUAACUAAGGAAGAUGAAGGAAUUUAUAUAUGCAGAGCUAAACAUAUGUAUCGGGGAAAAGAAUAUAAUAUUUCACGGGCCAUCAAUCUAAUUACUUUUGAAAUAUCAAAGAAUAAUAUUCCAGAUAUAAUUUAUCCAAAUAACAACUCAAUUGAAGUAAAACCAGGUUCCAGAUUUGACCUGGUAUGUAAUGUCUCAGCAGAUCCUCUGGAUAAAAUGGUAAUUGUAACCUGGAAGUUCAAUAAUGAGAUAUUAAACACAGAUGAGAAGUAUAAGAUUCUUUCUGGAAAACAAAUAAUAGAAGUUAAGUUAAAUAUUUCCAAAGUGAAAGACAGAAAUUAUGGACAAUAUCUGUGUGAAGUAUGGUCUCAACAUGCAACACAAGUAGCAUAUGUAGUGCUAAACUAUCCAGCUCCAAACAUUCAGAUUUAUGUGAUUGGAGGAUUGAUUUCACCAUUACUUAUUAUAGUAGCAUCACUGCUUACUUACAAAUUUUUCAAAGUUGACAUUAUCCUUUGGUACCGGGAUUCUUGCCAACCUCUCAGCAAAGGAAUUUCAGAUGAAAAGGUCUAUGAUGCAUAUGUGUUAUAUCCUCACAAUAUAUCAGGCUAUGUAUAUUUGACAGAAACUUUUGUCUUCAAAUUAUUACCUGAAAUCCUAGAAAAACAGUGUGGCUACAAGCUCUUUAUUCUUGGAAGGGAUGAUGUACCAGGGCAAGCUGUCAUUACUAUUGUGGAUAAAAUGAUCAAGCUAAGCAGAAGAGUGAUCAUUAUUUUAAUGCCAGAUUUAUAUUGUGGUGGCAUGCAGAGUUUAUUGUCUGAACAGGAACUUGCAGUCUACAGUGCUCUUAUCCAGGAGGAAACCAAAGUUAUACUGAUUCAGCUAGACAAAAUAAAAGACUUCAAUAGUAUGCCAGAAUCCCUCAGAUAUCUUAAGCAAAAGCAUGGCAUGCUCACAUGGAGGGGAACUUUUAGAGAAACCACUGAAAUGGCAACUACAAGGUUUUGGAAGAACGUGAGAUACCAGAUGCCAGCCAGCCCAAGCCCACUUUCCUCAGACUUGCAUUUUUUGCCAAUAACUUUUCAUUCUUCUCAGAUAUCAGACGGAUGACGUCAAAGCCACACCUGCAGUGUUUACUUGAAAUCUAUUCCAGUGGAUCCUUAUAGAUGCACAAAUAUGUCCACCUGCUAGAGAUUGUUCCAAGUCUGGGAUCAACAGAAUCACAAUUCAGAACAGUAUUUUCUGAAAGAUGAUUCACCCAUAGGCUGUGAAGUGCAUGAGCUAUUUGGGCAAGUGGCAAAAUAAUGUGAAUGUGGACAAGGAAGAAGUUGAAAUUGUUUUUGCAUACUAUUAUUUUACAUGCAAAAUAAGUGAGUAUAAGGAGCUAUUCUAUAAGAAAACUUUAUAUGAAAAAGAAUUUAAAUCUAAACCCCAAGGGUUUGAACAAAAUGGUAAAUACUGAUCUAGCACUGAGGUUUAUUAUAGCUAUCAGCAAGGAUUCAAUCCUUGUAUUUCAAGCUUUUUAAGGGUGAACUCUAGUCCUUCCUUUAACUGAUAUCUUUCCUAGAAUUUCCAUUGAAAAACAGCCUGUAUGGCUCAAGUUGAUGAGAUGGGCAUAUUUCUGUCUUUUGAACAACAGUACUAUACAGUACUCUAUACAGUACUCCUUUGCUUGUACUGCCUUAAUUAAAUGGAAGAUUCAGGAUAGUUGCGAAAAACAUUUCGGCAUGUACUUACUCUCUAUAUAGAGUUACUGUAUAUUCCAAAUACACUACAUAUGGAAUCUGGUACAAUACAUAUACUAUGGGUAUUACUAUAGUAUCUCCCAAGGAGAAAAAUAGAAAUGACAUAUUUAAAUAAAUUGCCAUACCAGGAAGCAAGGGUAAAGCGUGCUUUUUAAUUUUAGUUUGACUUUUUAAAUUAAACACUUUUGUUACGAAAUGAAUUAUUUUGAAUUGAGUGAUUUGUCAUUAGUUUAGAAACAAUUAUUAUAUUUCAAAUCAUUAAAUAUAUGCAAUACAAACAUUUCACCUUAUUUUCAGAAAUUGUAUUUUGUAGUAAGGGAGCCCAGAUUUAAUAAUUUGACCAAAUAUAUAGCUAUUUUUUGUAUACUUUGGGUACAGUUGUACAAAUUAUUCCUGUACUUGUCAUGUCCAAUUUUCAGACACUGCCUGGGUAAGUUCCUGCAAGGUUUUUGAUGUGUUUGCCAUUGCCACAGGUUGAAAGUGACUGGCCCAAGGUUUGCUUUGUGCUUAAGAUGGGACUAGAACUCACAAUCUCCUGAUUUCUAACCUGAUGCCUUAACAAAUAUACAACACUGGCUCGUAUAUUAUUUUUAAUCAUAAAAACGAUAAAAGGGGUCAAAACAUGGUUCUGAGGCCUUGUGUAGGGAACUCAAAGGAACAUACAGUCAUGGGGUAGAUUGGUGCCAUGGGAGCCUUCCCCUUGCCUUUGUCAACUACUUUAUACCAAGAAACACUACUUUACACAACAAUAUUUUUGCCUGCUUAAUUGUUUCUAUAAUUUUAAAUUUUAACAUUUAAAUAUUUAUAUACUGUUUUGUAUUUUGAUAUGUUAUUGACAUUGCUCAGAGUCUCUCCUUGCGGAAGAUAAGUAGUUUAAAAUGUGAAAUAUAAAAAUAAAUAAAUAAAUCUUAUAAACCACAAAAUAAAGUUAUUCCUAUGAAA